ACGGGUGUAGAUGUCAUUGGGUUUUCAGUAUACAAGAAAAUGGAUAAUUCAUUAUCCCCCACUCUCCCUCUCCCAACCUUCUUUGGGCCAUUCUAUUGAGCUAGCCACCAAAGAAUCCUGAAAAACUAACCGCUCCCUUGGAGGGGGGAAAAAAAAGUGUUUCCAGGAAUAAACCUUACAACCUCAGUAUCCCGCCUGCUUGUAGUGCCAUGCUGCUAUCCAUAGGAACCCGGCUGCUCGAUUUCAUCCAGUCUGUGGAUGGAAAUCGAAGAAACAUUUGUGAUGUCACUGAUGGAGCACGUGACUACCCCAGAUGGCUACUCUUGCUUCUCUGAAGUUGAAAUAGUCAACCCCAGGGUCUACAAGCUGGUGAUGGCCAACCUAGGACAAAUACAUUACGUGCCAUGAGUCCUAGCAGCCAUCCAAGGCUUGGUCUACUCUAUAGAUCUCGUUACCCCACAGUGACUUCAAUAACUGUGCCAUUAGCCUCCUCACGUAAGCUGAACUACCCUGUUCCUGUGAUUUGUGCCUUGGUAACCACAAUGAACGGACCGAAGGCAGAAGGACUUCAUUCCUGGAAGAGAUCUUUUCAUGUUCAAGGUCCUGGAGAUAACAGUGGAUGAGAAGCUGGAUCCUUACCAGAGAAUCCGCAUUCACCACCUGGUAGAAAAUGUCUUAUGGUUCCAUUGAUGGGAGUGGAUUCGGAAGCCGGAACCCCUUUGGAGGCCCGUCGAGACAAGGAUAUCAGCCCCUCGCCACCCAGAUCGAUCCCAAUGAACUGCAGGAAUUGUUUCAGGAAACUUCAACCAACAUCUUCCGAAUCAACUCUAACGUGACUUCCUUGGAAAGAACCCUCAGAUCCCUUGGGACCUCGAAUGAUACUCAAGAGCUGCGAGAUGGGCUGCAUGCAAGCCAGCAAGAGACCAAUAAAACCAUUACGACCAGCACCAAAGCUAUCAAGCAGCUGUCUGAGAUUGUCAGAGGUUCAUCUAGGCAAGAGCGACUGCAGCUGGACAGGUUGAAUAACCAGCUGUCUGAUGCCAUCCAGCGCUAUGGAACUGUACAAAAGAAAAUAGCAGAGAAGUCGAAAGCAUUGCUUCCUAGAGGACAGAGAAGCAGCAAACAGCAGAGUCCCAAGACCCCCUUCUCCGACCUGGCUGAUGAUGAAAAGAUCUUUAACGGAGGAGAUAGCAUGUGGAAGGACCAGAGUCAGGAUCAAGCCUUGCUCUCAGAAAUCACAGAGGAGGACUUGGAGGCCAUCCGUCAGCGGGAAGAAGCCAUACACCAGAUUGAGAGCGACAUGUUGGACGUAAACCAGAUCAUUAAAGACCUGGCCUCCAUGGUUUAUGAACAAGGAGACACAAUAGGUAGGUAUCACCAUUAGUGCUAAGGUAUGUGCUU